AUGAACCAAAGCAGCAAUUGCAGACUGCGUAGAAGUGAAGCCAUGCAGCCUGCCUUCACGAUUGGCCGCAAGCUCUUGCCGUUUGCAAGCCACGGAGCGCUGAAGUGCAAUAUGGCUAGUUCCACAGCGUUUAGUUUGCGAGCGCUGCCAGACGGAGUUGCAGCAUCAAUGGGCCUGGCAAGCUUGGGGGCGUUCGUGCUACAAAGACUGAAUGUCCAGGAUGCGCGGCGAAGCUUAAGGCCAAAGAAACUUGAGAAGCGUAGCUGCGUCCGCGUGGUUCCACUGCCUGGCAAAGGUUUGGGAGUGGUAGCCAGCAAGCGGCUCCAAUGCGGAGAGGUAGUAGCAGAAGAAGUACCAUUGCUACAAAUAGGCCCAAGCUGGCCCCCGCCUGAAGAGCAGAUGGAGAAACUCAGCGCGUCGCAAGUUGACCAGAUAUGGGAUCUAAGCGAUUGCUCUGGAGGUGAAAGCCUCGAAGGCAUUCUGAACACCAACUGCUUCAGAGCAAAUUCGGACGAAAGAGUGUUGUGCCCAUCUUUGGCUCGUUUCAACCAUUCGUGCGCGCCCAAUUGCGACUCAGCCGCUUGA